UUAUUCAAUGCUAUGAUCUUGGUAUGUUACUAUUACUAGGAAGAAAGGGAUGGAUAUAUGGCUAACCUGAGGGUCUAGGUUCUUUUCUUUGCUAUGGCAUUGAGCUUUGCUGUAAACGAUUGGGUAGAAGGGGGCGUCCUCCUUGCCGUCAUCGUGCUGAAUGUUUCAAUCGGGUUCUACCAAGAGUACGGCGCAGAGAAGAAGAUGGAUGCUCUCCGAGCCCUCUCCGCCCCUAGCGCUAUGGUACUCCGUGACGGUAGGACUCAAGUCGUCCCUAAUGCUGAAGUUGUUCCUGGCGAUAUCGUCAUUCUCAAAAUGGGUGAUACAGUUCCUGCCGAUGUCCGUCUUUUUGAAGCAAUGAAUCUGGCUGCUGACGAGCAAUCCCUUACCGGCGAAUCUGUCCCUGUCGAAAAGAUAGUCGAACACCUGGAAAAUGAAGAGCUGGGAAUUGGUGACCGGAUUAAUGUUGCCUACGGCACAACAACCAUUCGGAAAGGUCGUGGUCGAGGCAUUGUCAUUGCCACCGGCAUGCAGACCGAAGUUGGCAAGAUUGCUGCUUCAACCACGAAGAAGCAUCACAAAGCCGGCCGCUCUAUGAAUUAUAAGAAGUACGGGAAGCGACAGCCGAUUAUCGGGUUAGCUAGGCGUAUAUAUGAUUUCGUAGGUAAAUUCCUUGGGUUAACCGAAGGGACGCCCCUUCAGAUUAAGCUCUCGAAAUUGGCUUAUAUGCUUUUCGGAUCCGCCCUUUUACUUGCAGUCAUCGUAUUCGCAGUCAAUGAAUUUCAUGUUCCUAAGGAAGUUGUCAUUUAUGCUAUCAGUACUGGAAUUGCUAUUAUCCCCGAGUCUCUCGUUGCAGUCUUAACUAUAACCAUGGUCGUUGCCGUGACAGUCAUGCGAAAAGCCAAUGUCGUUGUUAGAGACUUAUCGGCUCUUGAAGCACUUGGCGGCGUUACCAACAUUUGUUCCGACAAAACUGGCACAUUGACUCAAGGGGCUAUGAUCGUUCGGAAAGUAUGGAUUCCCUCCAAGGCGAUUUAUACUGUAAAGGACUCGAAACAUCCGAGCGACCCAUCUGAAGGUAUUGUCACUUUCUCAGAGCUUGACGAUAAGAGCCAAGAGUCCGAAAAGCGGGACUUUGACCAGGAGCGUAGUGCCGCCGUUCUCAAGUUCGACGUGCCAGAUGAAAAGCUUCAUCGCUCUGAACCUGAGAAGGGAAACGAGAAAGUAGCUACUAUGAACUCUGAGCUAGAAGCUUUUCUCCUCUCUGCAGCUCUCUGUAAUCUGGCUACAGUGAGACACGAGCUAGAGCCUAAAGAUGGCCGACCCGAAUGGCAAGUCACCGGCGAGCCGACGGAAAUCGCUUUACAAGUAUUUGCUCACCGCUUUCAGAAAGGCAAAAAAGUUAAGGAAGCAGAAGGCUGGAAGCAAGUUGCCGAAUUUCCUUUUGACAGCGGUAUCAAGCGUAUGUCGGUUAUAUACAACGGUCCAAACAUCGAGCAUAGCAUGGUGUUUACCAAGGGAGCCGUCGAACGAGUGCUUGACCUCUGCUCUACUGUCGGUAUUGGAAGCUCCCAGGAACCUCUAACUGAUGAAUACAAGGUGCGAGUUUUGGAACAGAUGGACACGUUUGCGAGCCAGGGCCAGCGUGUUCUUGCAGUAGCCUCGCGACCGUGGGAAGGGAAGUAUCAAGAGAAGGCCUCGCCUGAAAAUCACGAGAGCGAUGAUGAUAUUCGCAAGCGUGUUGAGAAUGACCUGACGCUCCUAGGUCUAGCAGGAAUCUAUGAUCCUCCACGAAAGGAGACUACGCCAGCGAUUGCCGAAUGUUCUUCUGCUGGAAUAAGAGUACAUAUGUUGACAGGUGACCACCCUGCGACCGCCGAAGCCAUUGCCAAGGAAGUAGGCAUUAUUCCCAGGAACCUCAGCGUUCUUAGUCAUGAUAUCGCCAAUGUAAUCGUGCAGAAGGCAACCGACUUCGACAAGCUUUCUGAUGCAGAGAUCGAUGCCUUACCCGAAUUACCGCUCGUGCUUGCUCGUUGCGCUCCGGAUACGAAGACACGCAUGAUCGAAGCACUGCGCCGUCGGUCCGCUUUUAUGGCCAUGACUGGCGAUGGCGUCAAUGAUGCACCAUCUCUAUCCCGCGCCGACGUUGGCAUCGCAAUGGGCUCCGGAUCCGAUGUAGCCAAAUCCGCAGCGAAGAUCGUGUUAACAGACGACAAGUUCAACUCCAUCGUUGCCGCUAUCCGCGAGGGCCGGCGCAUGUUCGACAACAUCCAGAAGUUCAUCCUGCACCUGCUCACCUCCAACGUGGGCGAAGUCAUCCUCCUCAUCUGCGGUCUCGGGUUCCAGGACCAAUCCGGCUUUUCCGUCUUCCCGAUCUCGCCCCUCGAGAUCCUCUGGAUCAACAUGCUGACCUCGUCAUUCCCCGCUUUCGGCCUGGGCCGCGAGCAGGCCUCGCGCGACGUGAUGCGGAAGCCGCCGCACGACCGCAAGCGCGGCGUCUUCACGAACCAGAUCCUGGUCGACAUGCUCGUCUACGGGUUGCUCAUGGGCACGCUGUCGCUCAUGACCUUCGUCAUCAUCAUCUACGGCGUGAACGACGGGCAGCUGGGCGUCGACUGUAACCGCGCGUUCUCGCCCGAAUGCGAGCCCGUGUUCCGCGCGCGGGCUACCGUGUUCGCGGAGCUGACGUGGCUGAUUCUUGUCAGCGCCUGGGAGUUCAAGGAUAUCCGCCGGUCGAUGUUCCGGCUGAAGCCGGACGACGACUCCAAGUUCCCGCUGUUUAAGGACGUCUACGAAAACAGGUUCCUCUUCUGGGCCGUGGUCCUAGGCGCCGUCAGCGUGUUCCCUGUCGUCUACAUUCCCGUGGUCAACACGAAUGUCUUCAAGCACACGGCUAUCAGUUGGGAGUGGAGCCUGGUUUUUGCCGCGACUAUUAUAUUCGUUGCCGGUAUGGAACUGUGGAAGUUGACUAAGCGCCAAUUUAGACUGCUUGAGGACGCGGCGGUGGUACGGGGUGCUUUCUCCCAGGGCAGCGAGGAGGGUGGCCGCAAGUUCCACCACACGUUUAGUUUUAGCAGUCUGAAGAGCUGGCGGAGCAUCGGGAAGAACCACACCGUAGACACGCGCGCUAGCACGAGGGAGAGGAAGGAUGGGAGCCCCGUAUAGAUUUGUCUGGGUUAGAUGCUAGAUUUCCUAGGUGUUGCCAACCUGUUUUCUUUGCUUUCGGCUUCGACUUUAUAACCUAUCAGCCUACGUAGCUAUUGGUAGUGCCCUGAUUUAGAAACAAGAUUUAGGGACUGCAUUAAAUUGAUUAUCUCAUCAUAUACUGAUACUAA